CGCUUGCUGGAUGGUCAGUACUGGCCAAACUUUACUCGGACCAUUGAGCAUGACAAGUUGACCACCUAAUAUCGGUAUUUCAGAUGACCGACCCAUCCUGUAUAUCGGAAUUGUAAAACCCCAGGAUAUUAAUAUGUUGAUGGGGUGUUUUCAAGUGGAGGAUCCCACACAUUUUUACAGGGAUUCCCUGGAUAAAAUGACCCCCAAGGAUGAGCACACGGGGGUAGGGGGUAUGAUGUCACCUGGCAAUUACCUGUCAGUUUCACACCUGAUGCCCCAUUCAAGUCAUGUUCCUUCGUCCACCACCUCCGACAUGAGGGACCACGAGGGAUCCCUGCUCCCCCUCCUCGAUGCAUCCAUGUCAUACGCCGGAAGUAGAAAGUUCAAGCAGCACGCGAGUCCAUCAGGUCCCAACACAAACAAGUUAUGUCAAGUUUGUAACGACAAUGCUUCCGGAUUCCACUACGGGGUGUGGUCGUGUGAGGGGUGCAAGGCAUUCUUCAAGAGGAGCAUCCAGGGUCCUGUUGAUUAUGUGUGUCCGGCCACAAAUACAUGUACCAUUGACAAACACCGACGAAAGAGCUGUCAAGCAUGCAGGCUACGUAAAUGUUACGAAGUUGGCAUGAACAAAGGAAGUCAGAGGAAAGACCGGAAGAGUUGUCUAGGCAUGGGCAAGCAAACGACUAAGAGAAGUCGCGCAGAUUCAAUGGACAACACUGUUAACUCAACAAGUGGCAGUCCUAAUCCAGCUAAGAGUCCGAGGCGGUCUCAGACGUCCACCAUACUGGACGUUUUAGCCAAGGCGUACUUGCCCACGAUAGAGAGUUUCCACAACCACAGUGCACCGCCCACCAAAGUACAUUUAUUAAACUCGUUGACAAAGCUAUCCGAACGGGAACUAGUCCAUCUGAUCAACUGGGCCAAGAAUGUUCCAGGCUACACAGACUUGUCCCUUAGUGACCAGGUCCACCUCAUCGAAUGUUGCUGGAUGGAACUUCUACUGUUGAACUGCGCAUAUAGGUCAAUGGACCAUGGCGGAAAACGACUGGCUUUCGCAUCAGACCUUAUACUAGAAAGGCCUCACUGGGAAACCGUUGGUAUGUCCGAAAUAUUUGAACAAGUUGCGGCGGUGUCUGAACAAAUGGUUCAGUGCCAUCUCCACAAGGAUGAACUUCUCUUGCUACAAGCCACAGUUCUCGUUAACGCUGAGGUCCGAAAACUGGCCAGCUGUAGUAAGAUAUACGAAAUGAGACAGUCGAUAUUAGAUGCCUUAGUAGACACCGCUCAAAAAUAUCACCCUGACAACCUGAGACACGUGCCGUCCAUCCUUCUAUUACUUACUCACCUACGUCAGGCUGGGGAGCGAGGUAUAGCUUAUUUCCAAAAACUUAAAAACGAAGAAACAGUGUAUUUCUGUGACUUACUGAAAGAAAUGUUGGACGCACAAGACUACUCUGAAAAGCGGACAGGAAAUGAAGGAGAAUGACGGAAAUAUUAAUUUCUCUUUGUUAUUCUCACAUCUUCGCAACUUGGUGCAUUUAAAAAAAAUAUACAAUUCGAUGUUCAAAUGUUCUAAGACAAAUGAAGUGAACUUUCUGGAAAUAGGGCAUUUUCUUUAAGUGCGAGUUUGGUACCUGAAGCAUUUGGACCCUGGUGGUUGAAUGUGAGACUUGUGUGAAGGCGCCUAACUACCUCAGACGUUUGCGUUCACAGGGGUUCCCUAUCAUGUCAGAUCCAGCUCCUAAAACAUGGACAAAUAAAACCUGUGCUGUGGAUUUGUGA